UUUCAUAGUAAGUCGUUAAAUGAAUGAAAAACGUUUGAGACAUUCAGAGAAGUAACUACUACUUUUAUAGGCUGUUUUUCACACACCAAUUUUGUUUUCUUUUCCAACGGGAAAAAGUACAUGUGCUGAAUGGAAUAUAUAUUGCGUGAGAAUAUUGCGAUAUUUGGAAUACAGAAUAAAAGGGAUGACAAGUAACUUUUUACUUUUUGGAAUUAUUAGAACAUUUCUGGCAAAUGGAUUAGGAUUUUACCAACCCACAGCUCAAUGUCUUGUCAUUGAACAUCUCCUCAACAUAAUUGGUACCGGAACAGGUUAUCUAGACUGGGAAAUCCAAAGACUCGCCUUAUGAAAAAUAGGAACAUUCAUUAGCUUAUACAUUAAGUCCUCAGAAUGGCUUAUAGAGGUUGGUGGGUGUGUGUCUGCUGGAUGGUGUUUAUCGCAGGCCGAUGCGAGGCGAUAUACCCUCACUGUCUGGAUGGGAUUAUGAUGAAUGUAGUUCUGCUGGAUGACGACAUCUCUCCCUGGAGUAUGACAUUUGUCCGUAGCGCUGUGGAGAGUGCGAUCCAGCUCGACGCUGAACUCCCCUGUAAAAGCUGUCCAAACGGAGUGAAGCGAAACCUGACUGCAAACUUCCUUGGGCUCGAGACUAGUUUGUACAGCAAGAAAGGCUGCCAAAGCAGCAGCUGUGAGGUGGUGGAGACUUUGAAGAACCUAACUAAAACAGGCCAGGAGGGCUGGGUUUUGCUGGGGCCCACCUGUACCCAUGCAACCUUUCAGAUGGUUGAUCAAGAGGUUGGUCUGAAGCUCCUCAUGCCCAUCAUCUCAGCAGGCAGCUUUGCUCUGUCCUGUGACUACCAAGACAACCUGACCCGCAUAUUGCCCCCUGCACGCAAGAUCUCCACAUUCUUCACAAAAUUCUGGGACUUCAAAAACAAUAUCAAACCCAAGUGGUCCACAGCCUUCCUCUAUAAGAAGCAGGAGAACACUGAGGACUGCUUCUGGUACAUCAAUGCACUUGGUACAGGCUCAGCCCACUUUUCCUUACAUGUCAAAAAUACCCAAGUUAUAACCAAAGCGGAAGACCUUAGAAUGGAAUUAAACUCCAAAAAUAGGACAAGCAAUUUGUUCAUAGUGUGUGGGACACCAGAAGAUAUCGUGGACCUGAAGAAUGGAACUAUGGAGGUUGAUCCUAGUGUUGUCUUCAUCCUGGUCGAUCUUUACAAUGAUAAGUACUACACCAAUAAGUCCUCUAUCCCUGCUAUGAAGAACGUGUUGGUUCUCACCAUGCCCAACACUAGGAACUAUACUGUGGACACAGACCUGGGCAACAACGUGACGAUGAAUGACUACAUGGCAGCGUACCAUGAUGCAGUGCUGCUGUUUGGUCAGGUGAUGAGAAAGAUCUGGAGCAAGCCUGAGUCUGAGCUCAACCACACGGAGGUAGUCAAUAUCAACCACUUCAGAAACAUCUCAUUCGACGGCAUCGCAGGCCACUACAAGCUGGAUGACCAUGGGGACAGAGACGUGAAUUUUUCAGUCAUUUACACCACCACUGACAACAAGUAUGAAACUUUAUUUAUAUUCAACACUGUCUACAACUACACCAACAUCGUCAACAGUAAACCAUCCUUCAUCUGGGGCAGACAUCUCCCAAAUGACACUCCAGACCAGGGUUCGAGGUUGAAGAACAUCGUUGUCAUUGUCUUAGGUGUCACUGUGGUGGUGGUGGCUACCAUCGCAUUCAUCUUCUACAGGCAGAACAGGAGAGAGCGCCAGGUGAGGAAGAGAUGGUCUCACAUCCACUCUGACCUCAUCACCCCGCUGGAGUACAAUGAACGUAGCCUGGUCUCCCUCAAGAUUGAUGAAGACCACAGGACAAAAAAAAGUUAUAUGAUCCGCCAAGGACGCUACGAUAAAAAGAUUGUGAUCCUGAAGGAGCUGAAGCACUCGGACGGGAACUUUAACAAGAGUCAGAGGAUAGAGCUCAACUCGCUUCUGCACAUUGACUACUACAACUUGACUAAGUUCUACGGCACAGUCAAGUAUGCUCAUGGUGUGUUUGGGGUGUUCGAGUACGGCGAGAGGGGAUCUCUAAGGUGUGUGCUGAAUGACAAUAUUUCAUACCCGGAGGAGACCUUCAUGGACUGGGAGUUUAAGAUCUCUGUAAUGUACGACAUCGCCAAGGGUAUGUCCUACCUCCAUUCCAGUGACAUCCAGGUCCAUGGCCGUCUCAAGUCCACUAACUGUGUGGUGGACAACCGCAUGGUGGUCAAGAUCACUGGCUUUGGCUGCAACACCAUUCUAAACCCAGGCAGAGACCUGUGGACAGCUCCAGAGCACCUGCGUAGACAGGGGAUCUCCCAGAAGGGAGAUGUCUACAGCUUUGCCAUCAUCGCCCAGGAGAUAGUUCUCAGGAGGAAAACCUUUUACACCGAGGCCUACUCCGACCGCACAGAGAAAAUGGCCAGAGUGCAGUACCCUAUCAAAAUAACCUAUUUCAGACCUGAUCUAAAUUUUGAGACUGCAGGAGAAAAAGAACUGGAGGUGUACAUGCUGAUAAAGAUCUGCUGGGAUGAGGACCCAGAGCGAAGGCCUGACUUUAAGAAGAUAGAGAACUCACUGGGGAAGAUCUUCAGUAACCUGCACAACCAGGCUAAUGAGAGCUACAUGGACAACCUGAUCCGUCGUCUACAGAUGUACUCCCGGAACCUGGAGCACCUGGUGGAGGAAAGGACAGCUCUGUACAAGGCUGAGAGAGACAGGGCCGACUGCCUCAACUUCAUGCUGCUGCCUCGUCCUGUGGUGCGUUCUCUGAAAGAGACAGGCAUCGUGGAGCCGGAGCUGUUUGAGGAGGUGACGGUCUACUUCAGCGACAUCGUGGGCUUCACCACCCUGUGCCAGUACAGCACCCCCAUGGAAGUGGUGGACAUGCUCAACGACAUCUACAAGGGCUUCGACAGCAUCCUCGACCACCACGACGUAUACAAGGUGGAGACGAUAGGUGAUGCGUACAUGGUGGCGUCGGGGUUGCCUCGGCGGAACGGGAACAGGCACGCGGUGGACAUCUCCCGCAUGGCCCUGGACAUUCUGGCAUUUAUGGGGACCUUCCAGCUCAGACAUCUGCCGGGACUACCUGUGUGGAUCCGCAUUGGGAUGCACUCAGGCCCCUGUGCAGCAGGAGUGGUGGGUAUAAAGAUGCCCAGAUACUGCCUGUUUGGAGACACAGUCAACACUGCCUCUAGCAUGGAGUCAACGGGACAUCCCCUGAGAAUCCACGUCAGUCAGCCCACCAUCAGCAUCCUACAGAGGACAGACUGCAAGUUUGAGUACGAGAAGAGAGGGGAGACUUUUCUCAAGGGUAAAGGCACAGAGUUGACCUACUGGUUGACAGGUGAAACAGGAGAGGACUACAACCUGCCAACGCCACCGACAGCGGAGAACUGCCAGCGUCUGCAGCAGGACCUGGCCCAGAUGAUCCAGGAGUGUCUUGAGAACCGCUCGCUGGGGUCAGAGGUCAUGGAGAAGAGGAAUACCCUGUCCAUGAGGCAGAGGAGGGUGGGGAGGGACGGAGGGGAGCAGGGGGGAGAGGAGGAGGUUAACGAUGACCAGCCAGAGUACCUCCAUCUGGCUAAGCUGUAG